AGAAACAAAAUAGAGAUUCGGCAAACCUCUUGGUUAGCGGUGACCGUGCUCUCAGCAGAACAAUUAUUGCUCUUAAAUUCGCUCCUUGCCACUCCAAGAUGGCUCUCUCAUUGCCUUCUACUUUGAAGGCGGUACUGGGUCUGAUUGCGGUGAUGAUCAUGCAGUCCGCAAGCGCCGGCUCCAAGAAGUACGUCGCCCCUGGUCCGACGGAGCGCCUCUCUGUGCGGAACCAGGAGUACCUGAUCGGCGUGGUUUCGUUCGUUAUUGUGAUCCUCGCCGGCAUUAUGGGUGUGAUGGCGAUGGUGAACAUCAACUACGACGAUGAUACUCUGCUCAUGGUCGAGGUGCCAGAAGACACCCACCACGAGGAACAGCAGUAG